AGGCGGAGUCGCAAUGUGAACCGGAGAAACAGUUUGUCAAGCUCUUUCUGUUUGAUCGUGAGAUCCCGCGCAGCAUGGCCACAGAUUUCAACCAAGAGUCCGUGCUGCGAUAUAUCAUCAACAACGGCGGCAGAGUGCGAAACUCGGAGUUACUGACGCACUACAGGCGAUUCCUGCGCGAGGACGAGGAGAGAGAGCAAAACCGCGAGCUGUUUAAGAAAUACGUCAACUCCGUGGCGACGGUGAGACAGGAGGACGGGGCGUCUCACGUCGUGCUGAGGAAAAAAUACCUCGCGCACGUUGGAGACAUCGCCAAGAACCGCGACAUCCAGAAAGAUCCGGACCCUAAACCAGGGGUGAGUACAAACCAGCAAUAUAAACAAACUGCGUUACCCAUCCAACCUCCUCAGACUCGUGUUGAGAUCUUGCCUGUUGCUGGUAUUGUGACCAAAUACAACAAUAACAACGAUUCAACGCCCAGUUUGGAGAAAGAUCUCCAAACUUCAGCCUUUAAGAGAGAACCACCUGUAAUCUCAGUGUCCUGCGCUGAACAGAUUCGUGACACAUGUCCGGCUCCACCUGACAUUGACAGUCGCUCGAGUGGGAGUGGCCAGAGUUUUGUACAGCCAUGGGAAUCGAAAGCGCCCCGGGAGGCAACCGGGCUGGAACACAACAAUAUUUAUCCAGGCAAAAUGAGACAAUUACGGGAAGCAGAUGGUUGCGAGCAGUCUUUUGUCAACUCCACACAUUGUGCUUACUAUGAGGUUAGAGCGUCACCUUCACCUGAAAAACCAAAAGUGAAUGUAAACACGCCGGAGGCUUACAAUAAACAUUCUCAGGAGCCUGCUGCCAAGGCGUGGCCUCCUCAAGCAUCUCUUGGACUGUCUCACAUAUCCACCUCUACCCCUUGUCUAGUGGACGUCCCUCAGUACAUCCGUGCCCCCCUGUACACCCAAGCAGGACUGAGCAAAAGCAACGACAGUCUACUGAAACCGCAUGUACCUCAAAUAGCCCAAAAUGCGCCUCCAACUUAUCUGCAACUUAAUCGCCCAACGAUUCCCACCACUAGUCACGACAGUCUUUCAACCACCUCCAUUUCUUCGCUCCUGUCCGACACGGGUUGGGCACCGCAGGGCUCCGGGCGCGAGAAGUGGCCUAGCGAUGAAGGUUUGCGGUAUCAGGAGCUGCCAGGACAACAAGAUGGGAAUGAUGUCCGUGCUUUCCUACGUCGCAGUCAGGAGAACAGAUUGUUGUCCCAGCUGCACCAACCGAGUCGCAACAUCGGACCUUUCCAUCAUUCCACCGGUCACCUCGAAGACGAGUCGAGAACGUCUUCACGUAGCGCGUCUCCUGAGACGCACUACAGACCGGCCGGCCAUUCUCACCUACAGAGUCGCAUGUGUCGGAGUCUCGGGGAAAACCUGGAUCAGUCGUUCCCGGAGGAGGCCGGCUCCACGCGACAAAACCGUCUUCAGCUGCUGUCCUCCACGUUGAGCAUGGGAAAUUUAGUUUCCAGCAAGGGGCAUAGUUCCAGAGACCUUCUUUCGCCAGCCGGGUCCACACGAAGUUUGGGGCACGACGGGUCCUUCAGCAGCAAGCAUUCCUCCGUCCCCCUUGACCCUCGAGAGCACGAGUGGUUUGUUAAAGCAGCAUCAGGCACUUGGACGGACAUCUACGCUCUCUUCAGAGAUGAUUCAAGUCUUUUGUAUAAGCGUGACUUUAUAUCUGGCUUUACCAUCCUCCACUGGAUAGCCAAGCAUGGCGACCAUCGUGUUCUGAACACGCUUUAUUACGGAGUGGAAAAGGCCGGCAUGACUUUUGACGUGAACUCCAAGACCUUGUGCGGCUACACGCCGCUUCACCUGGCGGCGAUCCACGGCCACAAAAAACUCAUUCGAGUCCUGGUGCAAACGUACAAAGCAGACGUUCGGAUCAGGGACAGCAGCGGGAAAAGGCCGUGGCAGUACUUGAGUAAAGAUGAAAACAAGGAUAUCUUGGAACUCUUGGGAGCACCACAGAAAGUGAUCAACUGCGGUACGGCAGUCCUGGACAAACACACUAUGAGACCCGCAAACACCAAACCCAAUGUGAAGAGACACACGUCUAUUGCUGCACUGUUUAAGAACAAGUCCCACUUGAGGGUCGCUUCUGGUCCUGAAGCUUUUUAGGCUCAUGGUUCAUAUAGUGUAAAGGUGGCACUUUUUUGGGGUGAAAAAUGAUGCACUGUCACUUGUGUUUGUGAAUGACACUUGGGUUUCUGUGCUUUGGAAAGCUUUUCUUUUGAAAGCAGCUUUAAAGGGAUAGUUCACCCAAAAAUUAAAAUUCAUCCUCAUGUUGUAUGAAUUUCUUUUAUCUGCUGAACAUAUUUUGAUAAAUGAUGGUAAGCACACAGCUGAUGGGAACCAUUGACUUCCAUAGUAGGAAAACAAAAAUGUAAUGGAAUUCAAUGGGUACCAUAAGCUGUGUGCUUACCAUCAUUUAUCAAAAUAUCUUCUUCUUUAUUUAUCACAAUACUUUCAUAAUAUUUGUUUUCCUACUAUGGAAGUCAAUGGGUACCAUCAGCUGUGUGCUUACCAUCAUUUAUCAAAAUAUCUUCUAUUGUGUUCAUCAGAAAAAAUAAAUUCUUGCAGAUUUACAACAACAUGAGGCUAAAAAAUUAUGACGUGAUUUUUAUUUUUGGGUGAACUAUCCCUUUAAGUUCAUGUAUACCUCUCCUGUAAUUUGAAUAUGUUAAUGUGUAUCGCAUUAAAGCAGUGUUUUGCUUUGUAAUGAUGUAAACUGUGAAUCCAGUCAUGAUGUCACAGAUUGGGGAUCCUCAGAAGUUUUAUUCAUAAAAAACUUUCCAACAUUUGGUUCUCUCUCUCUCUUUUUCUCUCUCUCUCUCUCUCUCUCUCUCUCUCUCUGGUCAUUGUGUGUCCGCACAAAAUGAAACCCAUGUUUCACUAUCAUUUGAUGUUUACAUUGUUUUUUUAUAUGAUGGUGUCCGUCUGUCCAGAUAUGAAUGUGCUUACGUUAACUCUUCCACCCUGGAUUUGCUCAUGCUGGAAGCUCUCAGCUGGUUUAGUCGGUUUAAUAUUUAACUCACUCAUCCUCCUUAUCUUUAAAAUGGGGGUUGAGAGAAAAACGUUGCUUUCUGACACUAGGAAGAACAUUCCAGCACUGUUUGAACUUAAAGACCUCCUUUACUGUUUUUGUAAGAUUAUCUGCCCAUUUGUUUUUCCUCACACUUUUGCAUUUUUACACUAUAGGUGGGAAUGAAAGUUCUGUUCGUGUUAUGAUGAUUUGUAUUUCGAGUCAAACCUGAGUCUUAUGUUAUCAAAUUGUUUAUCUGACAGGAGGGAGGGCAGGAAAAACAAAGUUUAGGAGUUUGGAUAACAUCUCAUGAGAGCGUUGUAGUGUUGUGUUUUUGCAGAUGUGUUUGGACAUGUCAUGGGGUGUGUUGCUGUGUACUCUGCUGUGUUUGUGCUCAGCAGAUUUUAUGUUAUGUGAUGCACCUUUAAACUUUAUUAUUAUAUGAAUUAAAGACAAUACUUUGACCUUUAA